GCGCGCACUGCGUCCCUAAGGCAUGCGCGAGGCGGUGGCUAAGCACCGCCAUUUUGGCCGGUGGCCGUAGGAACACGCCGUGCGGGUGAGAAGUGAAGGAAGAACUGCUUUGGCCUCUGAGCUCCCCUCCGCGAGGGGAUCGUUUUCUCCAGAAGAGCUGGAUAUUCUUUCUUAGAAUUAUGGCGGAUAAAUUAACAAGAAUUGCUAUCGUCAACCAUGACAAAUGUAAACCUAAGAAAUGUCGGCAGGAGUGCAAAAAGAGUUGCCCUGUGGUUCGAAUGGGAAAAUUAUGCAUAGAGGUUACACCCCAGAGCAAAAUAGCAUGGAUUUCUGAAACCCUUUGUAUUGGUUGUGGUAUUUGUAUUAAGAAAUGCCCCUUUGGCGCCUUAUCAAUUGUCAAUUUACCAAGCAACUUGGAAAAAGAAACAACACAUCGAUAUUGUGCCAAUGCCUUCAAACUUCACAGGUUGCCUAUUCCUCGUCCAGGUGAAGUUUUGGGAUUAGUUGGAACUAAUGGAAUUGGAAAGUCAACUGCUUUAAAAAUUUUAGCAGGAAAGCAAAAGCCAAAUCUUGGAAAGUAUGACGAUCCACCUGAUUGGCAAGAAAUUUUGACUUACUUCCGUGGAUCCGAAUUGCAAAAUUACUUUACCAAGAUUCUAGAAGAUGACUUAAAAGCUAUUAUCAAACCUCAGUAUGUAGACCAGAUUCCCAAGGCUGCAAAGGGGACAGUGGGGUCUAUUUUGGACCGAAAGGAUGAAACAAAGACACAAGCAAUUGUAUGUCAACAGCUUGAUUUAACCCAUCUAAAAGAACGAAAUGUUGAAGAUCUUUCAGGAGGAGAGUUGCAGAGAUUUGCUUGUGCUGUCGUUUGCAUACAGAAAGCUGAUAUUUUCAUGUUUGAUGAACCUUCUAGUUACCUAGAUGUCAAGCAGCGUUUAAAGGCUGCUAUCACUAUACGAUCUCUAAUAAAUCCAGAUAGAUAUAUCAUUGUGGUGGAGCAUGAUCUAAGUGUAUUAGACUAUCUCUCUGACUUCAUCUGCUGUUUAUAUGGCGUACCAAGUGCUUAUGGUGUUGUCACUAUGCCUUUUAGUGUAAGAGAAGGCAUAAACAUUUUUUUGGAUGGCUACGUUCCGACAGAAAACUUGAGAUUCAGAGAUGCAUCACUUGUUUUUAAAGUGGCUGAGACAGCAAAUGAAGAAGAAGUUAAAAAGAUGUGUAUGUAUAAAUAUCCUGGAAUGAAGAAAAAGAUGGGAGAGUUUGAGCUAGCAAUUGUAGCUGGAGAGUUUACAGAUUCUGAAAUCAUGGUGAUGUUGGGGGAAAAUGAGAGAGGGAAUACAAGCACGAGGAGUGGGAGAGGGAGAAGCAGGCUUCCUGCUGGGCAGGGAGCCCAGUGCUGGACUCUGUCCCAGGACCCCGGGAUCAUGACCCGAGCCGAAGGCAGACGUUUAACGACUGAGCCACCCAGACACCCCGAAUCAUGUACUGGUAAAACGACAUUUAUCAGAAUGCUUGCUGGAAGACUUAAGCCUGAUGAAGGAGGAGAAGUGCCAGUUCUGAAUGUCAGUUAUAAGCCACAGAAAAUCAGUCCCAAAUCAACUGGAAGUGUUCGACAGUUGCUACAUGAAAAGAUAAGAGAUGCUUACACUCAUCCACAAUUUGUGACUGAUGUGAUGAAGCCUCUGCAAAUUGAAAACAUCAUCGAUCAAGAAGUGCAGACGUUAUCUGGUGGCGAACUGCAGCGAGUGGCUUUAGCUCUUUGUUUGGGCAAGCCUGCUGAUGUCUAUUUAAUUGAUGAACCAUCUGCGUAUUUGGAUUCUGAGCAAAGAUUGAUGGCAGCUCGAGUUGUCAAACGUUUCAUACUCCAUGCUAAGAAGACAGCCUUUGUUGUGGAACAUGAUUUCAUUAUGGCCACCUAUCUAGCAGAUCGAGUCAUCGUUUUUGAUGGCAUUCCAUCUAAGAACACAGUCGCAAACAGUCCUCAAACCCUUUUGGCUGGCAUGAAUAAAUUUUUGUCUCAGCUUGAAAUUACAUUCAGAAGAGAUCCAAACAACUAUAGGCCAAGAAUAAACAAACUCAAUUCAAUUAAGGAUGUAGAACAAAAGAAGAGUGGAAACUACUUUUUCUUGGAUGACUAGACUGAAUCAGAAUAUUGAAAAGCCAUUUCUUAAACAUUUAUUGGGAUUUUUGUCAUAUAAAACUUUAAUCAGGUUUUAUGCCCCACAUACUCUGGAGCUUGAAGUAUAAUUUACUUAAUGUAACAUCAAAAGCCAGUUGUGUUGUAAAUUAUAGUCUAAACACAGAAAAUGGACUUUUCUGUUCUUGAUAGGGCCCUUUUUGUGUCUAACAUUCUAAAAUGAAGACGUUUCAAGCUACACAAAUUACCUCCAAGUUUUCAUGAUGUAUGGGAAGAUUUUCAGUAGGUCUUAUCAUAUUCAUGUACCAAAUGCUGACCAGUGUUACCCCCUUUCAAAAAUCUUGAAAAAGCUUUCCGUACUUAGACUUUGCCAAAUAUUCCUCUUAUAAUGAAACUGCCCUUAUUUUAAAAGCCAGUCGAAGACUCCACUAAUGAAAUUUGAUAAAUAAACAUCAGGAUUAUAUUUGUUA